UUUUGUUAGCUAGCUCGGGGGUUAGAACGAGGUUAGCCGACGCGUGGAGUCAACAAAUAAUUGCUUUAUUGUCCCGAUUUCUCGCAUUUAAACCCCGACCAGAGACUGGACUGUUUUCCAGGAGUUGUCACGUUGUGUUGUCGUUACAUUAAGUGUAAAUUUAAGGCUGCCUUGCCGCGAGUUGACGACAAAACAGUGCAGAAAGUGGAUGGUCAUUCAUUUCUUGAGCUAACGGAGGAUACGGUCCUCGUUCAUGGCCGCCGGAUAUUAAGUUCUUCUUCUCGUUCUGUCUUGGACUCAGCACGGUGCGCUAGCGUCGAGAGUUGCGGUUGUGUUGGCUGCGUCCACUCGCGAGUACACAGCCUUCAGACGCCAUGGCCGAGUUGUAUAUUCGCGUGGCCGAAGACGAGAGCGAGGAGCCCAUGGAGAUCCCUUCCGAGGACGACGGCACGGUUCUGCUGUCGUCCGUGGCCGCCCAGUUCCCUGGCGCUUGUGGGCUGAGAUACAGAAACCCCGAAUCGCAGUGUAUGAGGGGGGUUCGCUUGGUGGAAGGGGUUCUGCACGCUCCCGAGAACGACUGGGGGAACCUGGUCUAUGUCGUCAACUACCCUAAAGACAACAAAAGAAAAAUGGAAGAAAUAGAUGCAGCAUCAGCUGUGAAGAUCAAAAGAGGCUUUCAGAAGACAUCAGAUCUCAUUGUUCUCGGGCUGCCGUGGAAAACAACAGAGCAAGACUUGAAAGAUUAUUUCAGCACCUUUGGCGAGGUCAUCAUGGUGCAGAUCAAGAGAGAUGCAAAGACUGGGAACUCUAAAGGUUUCGGCUUCGUGCGAUUCACCGACUAUGAGACGCAGGCGAAGGUUAUCGCUCAGAGACACAUGAUUGACGGCCGGUGGUGUGACUGCAAACUACCCAACUCAAAGGCCUUUAUGUUUCCUCAGGCCUGUCCUGACGAACCGAUGCGUAGCCGAAAAAUAUUUGUUGGCCGUUGCACUGAGGACAUGACUCCAGAUGACCUGAGACAGUACUUCAUGCAGUACGGCGAAGUCACAGACGUCUUUAUCCCAAAACCUUUCCGAGCGUUUGCAUUUGUCACAUUUGCUGAUGACCAGGUGGCCCAGGCUUUGUGUGGAGAAGACUUGAUCGUUAAGGGCGUCAGCGUCCACAUCUCCAAUGCCGAACCCAAACACAAUAAUAGUAGGCUAAUGAUGGAGCGAGGGCGGUUUGGGGCUGGCGGGUUUAACCAGGGUUACGGUAGCAAUCGCGGGGGUCUUGGCAGCAGCAGCGGCGGGGUUAACUUUGGAGCACUGGGGCUUAACCCAGCGAUGGUGGCUGCCGCUCAGGCUGCCCUGCAGAGCAGCUGGGGGAUGAUGGGCAUGCUGGCUAACCAGCAGGGGCUGACCACCACAGCUGGCACGGCCACCACCACACGAGACCAGACGUACAGCUCAGCCAGCACCAGUUACAGCAGCCCCAGCUCUGCGAGUCUGGGAUGGGCUGCUGGGGCCAACACGGCUUCCACUGGGGGCUUCAGCUCUGGUUUUGGUGGCUCCAUGGAGUCCAAGUCCUCGAACUGGGGAAUGUAGCUUGUUUGAAUAAUUUUCGGUUGCAAUUAGACUAAUCUGGUAAGUAUAUCCAGAAGAAGUGCUUAUCUUUGUAUUUCUUAAAAAUACACUGCCUUUUCUUUUGGUAAAGAUAAAGUUUGUGUGGCCGACGGAUGGAGUCAUGCAUUUGGAAUGGGUGAUAUAUUUUUUUUUUUUUUUAGUUUUAGCAAGACCUGCCUCACUAGUUUUGUUUUCUUUGUUUUUUGAGAUGUGCAUGCAAGAUUAAUAUUUUAUAAUCAUGCACGAGCAUCAUGAGAAGCUCCAGUCCCUUGUAAAAUGGACCGGAUUAUAUACCUGUAUGCAGUUUGUUGCAUUUCUGUUUCAUUUUUUUUGUUCACAAGUCUGAUGGAACCCCCCUCACCAACAUCUCUCCUGCAGUUCACCAACUCUUUCGCAAUUUCCCGGGAGGGAGCGCCUCAUUGGCAGCACUGUUCGGCAGAUCUCAGUAUCAUUACCCCUCCUCCCAUGUCUAAAUGCUUUGUCAUCAGAGAACACAGCUUCACUCUGCACUAUAAUGUGUUAGACGGUGGGUGUUUCUUCUUUACCCCCUUAUACCUCCCCCUGUUUCAUGGAUUUAGAAAUCUGUCUGCUCUUGUCGCUUUGGAGUGGGAUUGAUGUUGGACGGAGUGAGAGUGAGCGAGCGGAGAGCAACUGGAAAGAAGUGUGAGGCGAACUGCUUGUGCGACGUUUUUAUUUUUGGGGGGGGAGAGACGUGACUGCAAGAGUUGGGAAGAACCUGUGGCUAUGUGCGAGUGUGAGAGGAAACGGCAAGUACGAGUGUGUUCCUAAUGACAUCACAAAGACAUUUUAUCAUGUUGUUCAGGUCUCACCUUUCUUCACCGUCCUUCUGUCGAGCUAACUCUAUCAAGCCGUAAAAUUGUCCAAAUUUAUGAGUAUCUGUCUCCUUCCGUAACUUUCUAUUGUCUGAUUCGAAUGCUGUGUUUGGUGGUUGCCUUUAUUUUUCUCCUUGUGGACCACCUUCUCUCUCUCUCUCUCUCUCUCUCUCUCUCUCGCUCUCUGUGAAAGUGUUUGGUGUGUGGCGCAGAUACACUGUGGGCGUGUGUCGAUUGUGAGAUCAGUGGUGAAUGUUUGACUUGUUCCCAUUGAAAGUUUGUGUUUGAAUCUGAAUGGAUUUCCUGUGUUUGUGAAAGUCUGAAAUAAAGUUGAGUUUGACUAGGUAUAAAGACGCUCUGCAUAGUGACUUAUUUGAAGAAAUUAAUUGUACUGCCAACACUUUAAUUCACAUGUAUAGGCACUUCGGACACGGAACAAAGGAAUCCAGGGUGGAGACGCUGAAGAUGGCGACUGUGGAAUCGCUGCACAUCUGCCUUAAUCCCGAAUGAGAAACCUUGGACCAGCUCAAUUUAACUUAAGUUGGACUCUAUUCAAUUUGGCACAUUUUAAAGCAGCUUACUACUCGAAGGACCAAAAUCUUUACUGCAGUAUAAUGACAAAAUAUUCUUGACCCCAUGUCAGUGAAUGUUGCCUUGUUUGCCUUUGCUCCCAAUGACUUGUGGCUCUGUCAUUAGUCCAAAAUAAAUUCGACUCCGGCAGAGGUUUUUCUAUGUCAAAGGUGAUAUUGGAUGAAAUGUACAAGUUUUUUUUUUGUUUUUAACCGGGCACUGAGAAAUGUGGAACUGUGUGACAUAUUUUAGUAAUGCAGUACAAAAUAAAACUUUAAAAAUGA